GUCGCGUAAGGAAGCUGCUUAUCGCUCCGGCUGCCGGGGGAACGGAACCGUAACACUGCGGGACUCGGGACAGAUGAAGAACUUCAUAUAGAGAGUUUUUUGGGGGAGAAAUACUGCCUGUUUGGUAGUUGUGAGAAUCAGCGAGCAGCAGGAUGGCGGCCAUUAAAGCUCUCCAGCAGUGGUGUAAGCAGCAGUGUGAUGGAUAUCGCGACGUCAGCAUCACUAAUAUGACCACCUCAUUCCGCGAUGGAUUAGCAUUUUGUGCCAUAUUACAUAAGCACCGCCCAGAUCUCAUAAACUUUGAUUCACUCAGCAAGGAGAAUGUAUAUGAGAAUAACCACUUGGCUUUCUGCGUCGCUGAGGAGAAGCUGGGAAUUCCAGCCUUGCUGGAUGCUGAAGAUAUGGUGAAACUCCGGGUCCCUGACAGGCUCAGCAUGCUUACUUAUGUGUCUCAGUACUACAAUUACUUUCACGGACGCUCUCCUAUUGGAGGCUUGGGUGCUGUGAAGCGUCCUCCUCCGGAUACAGUGGAAGAACCAGCAGGGAAGAAGGUUACUAAUGAUGUCCGGCCAACACCUCAGGCCACACCGAGACUUCCUCAGCCAGCGCCAAGGACCAAUGUACUCACGCCAAAGUCAAACACUGUGAUAGAAAACCCACCAGUGAGAGCUGGCAUACGGAAAAUAGACAGCAACAGUUCUGUGAGCAGCAAUUGUAUGAUCUGUGGGAAGCAUGUCCACUUGGUCCAGAGACACAUGGCCGACGGGAAGCUCUACCACAGAAACUGCUUCAAGUGCAAGCAGUGUGGCCGCACAUUACAAGCAGGGGAAUAUAAAGCUGGAGAUGGACCUGGUAGUUUUGUAUGCACAAAUCAUCAUCUUGCUGCACCAACCUCACUAGUGACGCGAGCAAUUAUACCAGCUGGUCCUCGUGGUGCCACCGUGGAUGAGAACAAGAGUAGUUGGGCGACCCCCAGGUCUGCAGUGCACGAUCAGAAUAACAAAACUCCAGGCAACAGGUUUGGUCUUAGUGAAGCAGGCUCUACAGUGCAGGAUCCAACCAACAGAACCGCGAUGGGCUUUGUCAGUAAUAACCAAAAACUCCAGCAUUCUACAGGUGCAUCUGCUCAGGAAGAGAAUCCUUCACGCAAUAUUCUCAACUCCACUUAUAGUCCGAGUAGCACAAACACAGCGCUGCAGCAGCAGACAAACGGGACAGCAGGGGGAUUUGUAAGCAGCAAAAAAGACUACUCCAGUGCCUCCAUUACCACGGGCUUUGACCAACAAAACAAAUUUGGCUCUAGCUAUUCAAACACCAGUCGGAGUGUUGCUAACGAGCAGCCUAAAAAGCCAUCAACAGAUUUACUUACCAAUAAAGAAAAAUCUGAGCCCAAAAAAGAUGCUUUAUCGAGCAGCCAGCAAAUAAAAGCUCCCAGCUUUACCAUCAAUUCCACCCCUACUGGAAGGCUGACUACCCCCUCAGCGAAGGAUGAACCCAAGGAAACGUCUCCAAAACCUUGGGAAUUGUCUGCUGCAAAAAACAAGACUGCUCGAGAGAAGUUUUUCCAGACAAGUCCCGCAGUUGUGGAGCCAGCAAAUAAAAUAUCCUCAAGUGAUGUAAUUUCUCCUAAAAUCUCUCAUGGCCCAGGGAAGUCUACAGCUACCAGCUUGUCGCCUGGUAUUCCCGAAUCAAGCACUGGAAAGGACAAAGCUCGGAACUUCCUUUUAAAAACCCUUGGUGGACCCACGUUUCCUAAACCCUCUGGGGAAGCAGAGAAUCCUAGUCCAGUAUACAGACCUCACAGGGUAUUAGAUGAGAAAACGGCUGAACCUUCGAUCUCCAGUACCAAAGUGGAACCCGUGAGACCAGUACCUAAGGAAAGGAAGAUUAAAAAUGAAACUCCAAAGUCUGUUUCAAAUCCUGAGCCCCCUGUUAGCACCCCAACAUACACCAGUAAGGGAAUCGGUACCCCAAGCAGUACCACAAAGUCUAACCUUUCCAAAAGUGGUUCUGGGCAGAAGGCUGAUGAGAUAUCCUCUAAAGGGCCUACUCCUAACUCUAAUGUAUCCAAACAAGAAACCCCUGAAAACUGGAGGCAGAAUCUGAAGUCAAUAACCAAAACUCCACAGGCACAAGGUGUGGUGCAACCCAAAGUCUAUCCUCUACCCAAAGAUGCAGAGAAUGCAGCCAAAACGACACCCUCUGCCCAGAAGACACCAACUGUAAUUAACUCGGUGAAGGCCAAUACGACUUUACCUGGAAAAGAGAACAAGCCAUUUAAAUCCCUCACCCCAUCAGCUGCACAGAGCAAGGAAGACAAAGCAUCUGCCUCACCAACACCGCCAAAGAAAAAACUUCUGCCUGUCAACUUGGAUUUGAUUAAUGAUUGGCCAAAACCAACGCAGAAGUGGCAAGACGUGCCCCUUAAGGAUGAUACCAAGCGACCAGCCGCUCAUCCCAGAGGGAAUGAAACCAAUAAAAACACUGCUCCACGUAACAAGGCCCGACCUGAAUAUAUCCCAGAGGAGGAGAUCCAGAGGCAGCUGCAGAUUAUAGAGCAGGAGCUGGAUGCCUUGGAACAGCAGGGAGUGGAAAUGGAGAAGCAGCUGCGCAUCUGUGAUGGAGACGAGUCAGAGGACACACUCAUGGUGGAUUGGUUCAAGCUUAUCCAUGAAAAGCAGCUCCUCCUGAGACAAGAAUCUGAACUGAACUACAUUUCUAAGCAACAAGCAUUGGAGGACAAACAGUCCAAUAUUGAAACUGAACUUCGGAACCUAAUGAAAAAAGCGGAUCACCUAAAAACCCCAGGAGAAAGCGAAAGAGAAAAGGAAUUACUGGAUCAAUUGCUGUUAAUUGUCAAUGACAGGAGCGAAAUUGUAGAUUGCUUGGAUGAAGACCGAAUCCGAGAAAAGGAAGAGGAUGAAAUGAUGAAUGCCAUGAUCCAAAGGCACUCAGAGAACCAUCAAAAGGAGGCCAGUCCAGAGCCAAACCUCAAGAGACGAUCCAGGUUUAGCUUUUCGGGCCUUUUUAAGCCAAAAGAUAAAAGUAAAACAUAACAUGCGGAAGCCUUUAGCCUGAUGAGUGAUGAAACACAAUCAGCAAAUAUGAUCUGGCACGCUACUCUUUACUGGAAUUCCCAUGAGUUCUGUGCAAUAGAAACCCCCAAAUGCCAAAUUCUCUCUUGUACAGUGACUUAUGGGGAAGAGAUUGUGUGUCUGGCAACACCCUCGGAGCCUCAGGGAAGAUGUCGCCCACCUUUGGCGUCUCAUGUUGGAUAUGUACAGAGUUCUAGUUGUAUAUAGGUUGCCUUUAUAACUUCUAGUGCAGUAUUUUUCCCUACAGCUCAGAUCCUGCUUAAAAUUGCACUCACUUCGGAGAGAGACUAAAACCUAUUCAAACAUUACAGGAGUAAAUUUGCAAUAAGAAAUCAUCACUCUGAAGCUCAAUGUCUAUGGAGAUGGGAUAAGCUAGGAUCUAUUAUAUGCUAAGCAUAACAUGUUACAGAGACUCCAAGGAAAAGCCAUACUGGGACACCACUUAUUGUUUCUGAUCCAUGCUUAUUACAUUGCCUGCGUAUAUGUAGGGAAGCUGUUAUAAUCAAUAUAAAGCACCUUGUUCUUAAUACUGGAGCCCACACAGUGAGUAUCAGGUUUGAUUGCAUUAAGACACGUUUUAUCUGCUACCAGUGUAUUUUCACUUUGGGUAGUUGCUUUUAAUAAAGCUGUCAUAUUAUCACAAUGCUGGGGGUAUUCAUUGCAUUAAAUGUCUACUUUAUAAACAUGAAA